CGGUUCGAUGACUGUCAUUUUGAUGAGACGGUAUUCCCAGCCUUAUGGGGAGAUAAUAAAGAAAUGGACCCACGUAUGAAAGAUAUUACUUGGAAUGCAACAAAUUUAUCUUUUCUUGAUUCUCGCACAAAUGCUUGUGAACAAGAAAUUCAAAAGAUCAUUCAUUUACAAAAUGUUGCAAACCAAUUGCCUGCUGCUUUCACAGACUCAAAGAAAGUGACAAAGUCACAUAUUCCAACUAUGAAUGCUCCUUCUCGAAUAGAAAUUCAUGUGGAGAUUAACGAAAGAACUCUUGCUAAUGAAUCUAUGAUACGUAAAAAACGUGGUAGACCACUUGGUUCAAGAGAUUUGAAACCAAGAAAAUUUAAAAAGCAAGAUGUAGUUUGUGAUGCCAAAGAAGUUCAACCUUCUCAAGAAGAAAAUGAACAUUUUGAAAAUAUCGGCAUUGAAGAUAACAUCAAUAAUAAUGAUACCUCAAAAGAGGAUCAAAUCACCUUUGAAGAGGUAAAUAUUCCAGAUAAAGAUAGAAACG